CGAAAUCAUCAGAGACGCACUGAGCGGGCUUACACGUGAGAAGGUGUUGAUACCUGUGAAUUGCAAUGGGAGCCACUGGUGUGGAGUCAUGAUCGACCUUGAAGGCGGUACAGUGGAAGUGUACGAUUCAAGCUCGUCUUCAUACACGAUGAGCGUGCGUGUAUUGGCACAGACGUUGGUUCAUUUGCUACCUACAAGUGUGCAAACGCCAUUUCGUGUGUGGGUUUUUGAUUCUGGACUUGGAGUUCAGACUGACAGCUACAACUGUGGAAUCUACGUGUUGCUCGCAUUUGAAAUGUUCUGUGGUGCUGAACCACUAGGAUACGUGGACAAGAAAACACUGCAGUGCCUACGGUACCGCUAUCUCCGUAUGUGUCUGUAGGCUAGCUCUACUGCUAACUUUGAAUACACGUUUUCUUUCGUGC